AUGACAGAUUCAUCAAAAUCUAAAGAUAAAACAAAAGAUGAUACCAUAGAUAAUUCUCAAGAUGCUGGUAACCCAAAACCAACCGAUGCAGAAACAUUCAGUUUAAAGACAACAAAUAUGGAAACCGAACGUGUUAUCCGUAAUCAAACAGGUGAUAUUGUUAUUGAACCAUUCUCUGCCAAAGGUACGUACAGAGUACCACUCAUGGGUUAUAAAUGUACGAAAUACAUAACGGAAAGAUUAAAUGAGGAAUUAUUGAGAAGAGGUGAAAGAGAAAUUAUGAAUUAUCAAUGUAAUCUUAAUGGUCAUCUAAAUGAAGAGACAUAUGAGUUAAUCAGAACCAAUGAUUUAACCCCAGUUACAAUUGCUGCAUUGAACCCCAAAUUGACUAGAUUGGCAGCCGAACCAAAAUUCAUCUUUUUGAAAAGAAGAUACUAUUUAGAUUACAACGGUUUAAUUCAUGACCAUUUGAGAAAUGAUAGAGUUGUAUGUGAACCUGUGUUUGUCUUUGAUAUGAUUAUGGGAUGCCAUUUCAUGAACGACCAUGGUACGUACAACGGUGUGUUUCAAAGCUUGGCUGAUUUCUAUUCUAAUAUCACAAGGGACCUAGUAAAUAAAGCAAUACAAUACUGUUCAAUUUGUAAUCCUGAGCAAAAAAUUCAGCGACUAGAGAAGUUUAAGCAUAGAAAUAUUUACAAGACCUUAAUGCCAUUGGAAAGGAUUCAUAUUGAACUUGUGGAACCAUUCAAAGAUCAAAAGAUAGAAGGAAAAUAUAGUCAUAUUCUGUAUGCAAGAGAUUACCACUCAAGAUUUGUAUGGGCGUAUCCAGUGAAAGGAUUGAAAUUUAAUAAGAUUGUAUCUGUGAUGAGUGGGUUCUUACUGUCCCUAAUGAGACAACCUAUAUUUAUCGAGACAACCUCUAUCCCUGAGAAUGAUAUGUUUGAUAUCUGUGAAAAGAUUGCUUCUAAGUUUCAAAUGAAAAUUGGUCUAGGGACGAAAAGAAUGAAGGGAUUUCAUUCUGCUGGCGUCAGACAAUUCAAACGUAGAUUGAACUUCCAUGAGGCAGAAUGUUUAAAGGAUUGGAAUAUGUGUUUGAAGUAUGGUGUAAUGGAACAUAAUAGAUCAUUUAGUGAUCGUGCCGGUGCUACACCAAGUGAUAUUAUAUGUAGUGAAAUUCAUGAAAUUGGCCAAAAAUUCAAGGAUAAAGUGGAACAAAUUCUUGAGGAUUCUGAAUCACAGUCUGUGGUCAAAGCAGGUGAGGGUCUUAUUUACAUCGAGGUAUCUGACGAGAAAUUACUGGACAUGGAGGAAAGUGAGGAUGAAGCACCUCAAGAAGAAGAACCGACAGAGAUGGAACAGGACCCUGAGACUUUAACCGGAAUGAUACCUAUCAACACAAUUGAGAAUGAAAACGAAAUAGAGAACGGUGAUACCAAUAUAAGUGGUGACACCACAAUGGUACAAACACCUAUUUUAAGUAACAAACGAACUAGUACACAGAACAGUACCAUCCCAGAGAAGAAACGAUCUAAAAAGAAUGAAAUUAAAUCAGAAGGAGUCUCCAUGGAAAUAUGA